AUGAACCCCGGACUAGGUUCGAGUACCACGUCACUUUCUUCAGCUCGGCGCGCCUGGUCGUCUGGCGCCUUCAUCGGUGGACUUAAUCCGAAUUCUCCAGCCUCCGACUCAUGCCAGCCCUCCUGGACCAGCGGUUCUCCGGACACUGGUGACACUGGAGCCUCGAACUCCGCCACGCCGGCUGUGGCACCUCUUCCAGCUGAAUCUUCUUCUGCAAACCCAAGUCAAACUGCAUCCAUAGCACAGGCCGGUCAGCUAUGCUUGUUGAUUAAUUACGCUGGUCACUUGUUUAUGCUGCAACCGGCAAGCCGGCAACAUGGCGAAGUUUGCACCAAGCAGCUGUUGACCAGAGGACUGUCGGUAACGCAUACGGUUGAAGACGACACAUCUUCGGGACAACUAUUUGAGGUGAGCCUUUUAGCCGCUAAUCUUUUUUUCAUUUAUGCAUUAGAUUAA